AUGUCUGGACGCGGAAAGACCAGAGGCAAAGCCAGAGCUAAGGCCAAGACUCGCUCUUCAAGAGCAGGUCUGCAGUUCCCAGUGGGCCGUGUUUACAGGCUGCUGAGGAAAGGCAACUAUACUGAACGCGUCGGUGCCGGAGCCCCAGUCUACCUGGCCGCUGUGCUGGAGUACCUGACCGCUGAGAUCCUGGAGCUGGCUAGAAACGCUGCCCUCGACAACAAGAAGACCAGGAACAUCCCCCGUCACCUGCAGCUGGCUGUCCGCUACGACAAGGAGCUCAACAAGCUGCUCGGAGGAGUCACCAUCACUCAGGGAGGCGUUCUGCCCGACAUCCAGGCUGUGCUGCUGCCCAAGAUGACCGAGAAGCCCGCCAAGGCCAAGUAA